CCUGGCAUGUGUUGACUUAGCGGAAUUCUUCGGUUUAGUUUACCUGCGACCUGCCGUCUAUUGAACAGCUUGAGAAUUUCGAUCAAAUCAACACCUGUUACUUAUUGUGACAAUGUCCACAACCCCUAAUCGUAAUUUCUGGAAUAUCGAGGCAUCUCACAUCGCUAAAAACACUUACAACCCAAUUCGAUCGAUCGUUGAAAACAUCGUUACCGAACCGAACCCUAACAAGUUGAUGAUAGCUUUGUCUAUAGGUGAUCCGACAACCUUUGGCAAUCUGAAACCUGCCCGCGAAGUUAUCGAGGCUGUCAAGGAAAGUAUAGAAUCCGGACUCUUCAACGGCUACGCUCCAAGUACUGGAUAUCAGAAGGCGCGUGAAGCUGUCGCUGAGUAUAGUUCCAAUGAAUUCGUUAAAGUGGAUCCCAAGGACGUGAUCUUGUGCAGCGGAUGUUCUUGCGCUUUAGAUCUCUGCAUCACGGCACUAGCUAGACCAGGCCAAAAUAUCCUGAUACCACGACCAGGAUUCUCGAUAUAUCGAACCCUCGCCGAAGGGCUUGGAAUUAAAGUAAAAUCGUACAAUCUCCUGCCUGAGUAUGGAUGGGAGGUUAACCUGGACGACCUGGAGGCACAGAUAGAUGAAAAUACCGCAGCCAUUAUCAUAAAUAAUCCUUCGAAUCCCUGCGGUUCUGUUUUUAGUCGAGGUCAUCUCGCAGAUCUCUUGGAGAUAGCAGCUCGCUACUACGUACCGAUCAUAGCCGAUGAAAUUUAUGAGCACAUGGUUUUCCCAGGACGAUCUUUUCAUCCGUUGGCUUCUAUAUCCGUCGACGUACCAAUUUUGUCUUGCAGCGGUCUUACCAAAAGAUUUUUAGUACCAGGAUGGAGAAUGGGAUGGAUCAUAAUUCACGACAGACAGAAUAUUUUAGAUAAAGAGAUUCGCAAAGGUCUCCAGUGCCUCAGUCAAAGAAUAAUCGGCAGCAAUACAAUUGUGCAGGGCGCGUUGCCAGCAAUACUGCAGAACACGCCGCAAAAGUUUUACGACGAUGUUAUAGAAACGUUGUUUGAACACUCGCGGCUCGCCUAUAGCCAUAUAUCAAAGAUACCAGGACUAAAGCCGAUCAUGCCCGACGGUGCCAUGUACAUGAUGGUGUAUAUCAACCUCGCCUGCUUUACCGAGUUCAAAUCCGACCUCGAGUUUGUGCAGUGUAUGCUUAUGGAGGAAUCGGUAUUCUGCCUUCCAGGACAGUGCUUCGAUUAUCCGUCCUACAUCCGACUGGUCAUCACAGUCCCGAAAGAUAUGUUGGUCGAGGCCUGUCUCAGGAUUCAGGACUUCUGCGAGAGACAUCACUGCAAAACUUCCCAGACAAUAAACGAGCUCGGACGUAUCGAAAUCGAGUAUUAAUUAAUUACUAUUACGUUUGCGGAUAGUCUCGUAACAUGUACAUACCGAUGCUUCCACCAAAUAAUAAUAAACCACAUCUAUAAUUGA